GAACCUGACAGAGCAUAUCGACAGCCUGCUAUGGGUCUACCACUCCUGUUGCGGGUUCUGCCGCUCAUUGCCCUCCUUAAUGGCGCUUCGGGAGAAACAACUGCUGCCAUCGGAACCUUCGCGGAUGUCAAUACAGAAUGCAAGGCUUGCCCUCACUCCCUCUGCCCGAACAUCCUCGCCUACGAGCAAGGUGAAAGCGCCAAUGUCACAUGUUGGACGCGCGGCACACGCAUAAUCGACACGACACUCUGGCUGCGCUCCACGUCCGACUGCUAUGUGACCGAAUACGACCUGAACGACAACAUAACAGACUACACCUCUGCCCUUCCCUACUGCGGUCCGGGCUCGGAAGACGAGGAUCUCACGCUGGAAGAUGCAACCCUAAAAUACAAAACCGAGUGCAGAAUCUGCCCCACGAUCAGCUGCGACACCGUCGCUUAUCUCAAAGAGGAUACGGACGUUGAGCUGACGUGCUGGACGCCGGACGGACAGGUCAUCAUCGACGACCCGUACUGGAUGAAGACCACGAACAACUGUUACGUUGCGCAGAAGAACCUCUACUCCAAGCCUGACAUAACCUACCUUGAUCCAUGUGGCCCGAUACCCUAUCUGGAGAUCGAAAAGCACUUCAACGAGAAUGGAACCAGCGACGUUGACAAGAGAGAUGCUGCGCCUGAGCCAGGAACCUUUGCUCCGAGUUAUCUGAUUAACGUCACCGUCGGCGAGAACUACGCGCUCUGCCGUAGUUGCGCGCAGGAGACGUGCCGGGUCGAGAGGCGAUAUGUCUUUGAUCAGGAGGUUUGGCUGCAGUGUUUGGUAGACACGAAUGGGACGUGGUGGAGCGAGACGACGGAUUUCUGUUAUGUGAAGAACUCAGACUUUUGGCAGAGUCCAGAGGGCGACUACUAUCGGAAUCCGCUUUGCGAAUACUUCGAGGAGCCGGGCGCUGGACCGGGAGAUGGCGAUGACUAG